CUACUAUUCAAGGUAAAUAGUUGCAUCCAUCCAUCCAUCUAAUUUAUCUAUUAAACUUACAUAAUUAUUUGUAAUAAUAAUAAUAAGAUGUCCAAGUCCACUCCUCAAAAGCGUUCUACCCUUGCUGAUGUUGUCACUCGUGAAUAUACCAUUCACUUACAUAAGCACGUCUUUGGUCGUUCUUUGAGAAAGCGUACUCCUCACGCUGUUAAGGCUGUCAAGGCCUUUGCUCAAAAGGCUAUGGGUACCAAGGAUGUUCGUCUUGAUCCCGCUUUGAACAAGGCUCUCUGGUCUCGUGGUGUCAAGCACAUUAACCAUCGUAUUCGUGUCCGUAUCGCUCGUAAGCGUAACGAUGAUGAAGAUGCUAAGGAAAAGCUUUACUCUUAUGUUACCUAUGUUCCUGUUGCUAGCUUCAAGGGUAAGUGUUAUAUACUAUAUAUAUUGAUAUAUAUAUAUUUGUAUACAUGUACAUAUAUACACAUAUAUAUAUAGAAAGGCGGUUGAGGAGAAAGGGUUUUUAGACUUUUUGCAAUCAAGUGAUCACUGCGAUUCCGCGUAAUUCAAUUAAAAAGAAUUGAGCAAUUUUUGUAAAUUGUCAAUCUUUUUUCUCUUUUUAAUUGAUUUUCCGGCCAGUUAGUUGAGCGCAUGAGGUUGGAGUGUAAACAUACCAAAAUUCAAGUUAUUUGUUAAAUAACAUUUUGGUUUCUCCUAUCUAUGAAGCGACAUUUUAUCUAACUCAAUUUCCUUUUUUUUCAUUUUAUUAGGUCUUAACACUGAAGUUGUUGAGGAUGAAAACUAAAAGAAAAAAAAUUAUAUGUAAUAUUAUUGAUAAUAAAGCAAACACUUUGGAAUUAAAGUU